GGCGCGGGGCGGCGGGCGGCGUCGGUCAGUCCGUGACACCUCGCCGCGAACGGUUCCCCUCCUCAGGCGCCGCUGAAUCUUUCCGCCGCCCCCUCAGGCCUCGCCGCCGCCCCUCGCGGGCGGCCCCCUCCCGCCAUGUCCCCGCGGCGCCGCCUGGCCUGCCUGGCCGCCCGUCUGCGGGACCCGCGCAGUGUGGCCGCCUUCCAGCGGCUCUGCGGGGUGGAGGGUCCCGCGGAGCAGAACGGCGGCCCCCCGGCAGGGCACGGGCAUCCCGCCGGGAACGGCUCCGUGCCCGGGGGGCAGCGCUGGAGGAGGAGGCCCCGCCGCAACUCCCUGACGGAGGAGGACGGCAGCCAGGAGUUCUCCACCCGCAGCCGGUUCCUCUACUAUCUCUUCAGCUUGGGCACGGAGCUGGGCAACGAGCUGUUCUACAUCCUUUUCUUCCCUUUCUGCAUCUGGAACUUGGACGCCUGGCUGGGCCGGAGGCUGAUCAUCAUCUGGGUGUGGGUGAUGUACCUGGGGCAGUGCACCAAGGAUAUCAUCCGCUGGCCGCGGCCCGCCUCCCCGCCCGUGGUGAAGCUCGAGGUCUUCUACAACUCCGAGUACAGCAUGCCCUCCACCCACGCCAUGUCGGGCACCGCCAUCCCCCUGGCGCUCCUGCUGCUCAGCUACGGCCGCUGGCAGUAUCCCCUUAUGUUUGGAUUGACCCUUGCACUCUGCUGGUGUUCUUUGGUUUGCUGUAGUCGAAUUUAUAUGGGAAUGCAUUCAAUUUUGGAUGUUAUUGCUGGAUUUCUGUAUGCUAUUCUUAUCCUGGUUGUCUUCCAUCCAGUUGUGGACCAGAUUGAUAACUUCAACUUAACUUACAAAUAUGCACCCUUAAUUAUCAUCAGUCUCCAUUUAGCCCUGGGCAUCUUCUCUUUUACUCUAGACACCUGGAGCACAUCACGAGGGGACACAGCUCAGAUCCUGGGCUGCGGUGCUGGAGUAGCCUGUGGCUCUCAUGUUAACUACAUAAUGGGUCUAAACCUGGAUCCUCGUCCCGAGACAUUACCUUUAUCUCUUUCCUCACUUACUGUGACUGUGUUUGGAAAAGCCAUAUUGCGGUUGUUGAUUGGAGUAAUAGUUUUGCUGUUAACAAAAGUAGCGAUGAAAAAAGCCACUAUUCCACUGGCAUGUAAAAUAUUUCGCAUACCACAUGAUGAUGUACGGAAAGCAAGACAGCGCAUGGAAGUUGAGCUUCCAUAUCGCUAUAUUACAUAUGGGAUGGUUGGGUUCUCCCUCAUGUUUAUUGUUCCUUGCCUUUUCCAUUUUAUUGGUCUUUCUUGAUGCAGUUGUAUCACUUUAAUUAGAGAGAAUAGAGCUAGUUGCGUUUUGAAGAGGUGCACUAGUUUGCUAAAGGAAGGCCAGCGAGCUUGGCUUUAGCAGUCUUCACUUUAACAGCAAUAUGUAACAGGCAAAGCAUUUAAAGAACUUUGCGCAUCUUUGGGUAUGAUAUCGUGACAGAAAUCAAAUAUCAGUCCAGGAGAAGUGCUGAACUCUAUAAAUGCUAUGUCUAGACUUAUUGCUGUAACAAAGUCUGUGUGUGUGUGUGAUGCAAUGAAUGUACCUGGAAUGUCUUAUCAUUCUGUACCUGGAUACACUGACAUUUUAGCAAGUCUGUCUGAGAGCUCAUCAGAAAGCUCCGUUCAUGAUCUUUUGGCCAUUUCAUAGUAAUCUAUUCAAGUUGUUGGACCAUAGACUGCUAAAUUUGCUUCCUUCUGUUCUCUGCUGAAGUCCCGCUUAAAGAUGUUUCAGCUAAUUAGCAUCUCCAAUGGACCAAACUUGUAAUGAGGUUGAAUUUUUCUAAGAAAAAAAACCCCAAAAAAAACCAAACAAACUUUUUUCUUUAGCUCCCUCUACAGAGUGAAACGUCUGGAUUGGCAUUGGUAGAUAUCACUAGAGUAUGUAUGAUUCAGGUACUGUAUUUUAUGAUUUAAAAACUGUGCCUUUCUGUUACAUAAUUAAGAAAUGCCAUAUAUACUGUGAUGUAAAAAUGCCUAAUUUUAUUUAAAAUCCUACAUAAUUAGGCGGAGAUUUUUAAAUGUUACAUUGUCCAUGUUGCUGGUGUGGUUCACAUUAACCAGAAUAUUCAGUUUAGGCUGAUGAGUAUUACAUAAAUGAAAUGAUCCAAGAGUUGUGUCCUUAAGCUCACAAUAGUUUAAAUGGACAAUAAUCCCUUUUGUAAGUAUUUUUAAUGUGUGUUGUAAGUUACUGGAAGAGGAUAUAUUUUUCUGGAGAUUGUUUAUACAGUGGACAGAUAGUCAAAAUUAAUUAUCUAAAAACAUAUAAACAACAAAACCACCCCAUUCUGUGAAGAAAUGGGUCUUGGUUAUUAUUCCAAACUAAUUUAGAAGGACCAUUGUUUUUAGACAUUUGCUUGGAAAGUAUAAGCUUUAUUCUAGAAUAAAAAGUAUUUUUAUGCAUUAACAUGCUAUAUUUAAAGGUGUUAAUCACUUUUACCCAAUUUAGAUAGGUAUAAGAAAACAUAAUGAUCAAAUUAAACUUUUACUCCUUCUGAUGGGCAGAUUGUGAGCAGUCAAGUAAGUCUGGUCGAUGCAUAAACGGUUUGUGCAUAUCUAAAUUUUCCUAAACUGUUACACACUUUUCAGCUUUUCAUGAUCCUUUUUCCAGUGAUGUGUAGAAUAUGACCCUUCAACUGUAAUUUCACGUGCCUCUUUUGUGUUUCCUUUUGUCUGUGUUAAUGUGUUGCCUAAUCUAUUCUUUCCAUGUCAGUAACUGUCAUAAUGCAGCAAGAGCUGGCUUAUUGUCUGGCCAGACAGAAAUUACUUAGUUUUGUAAUGUACAUUUUUCUUCAGGAAAAGCAUGAUUUGAUUGGCAAGUAUGGUGAUUAGGUAGAACAUAAAGCUUGCGUGUUUUCUAAACAAUAUUUGGAAUUGGGAGGGGGUUUUUGUAUUGGAGCUUGUAUCUCCAAACUGUUCAUAUGUAAAUUAACAAAAUUAACUUCGUAUCUCUUUCCUCAGUCGAAGUUAUGGUACGCUGGCAAUAGAUGAUGUGAAAAGCUAACUUUUCGGAUGCAUGUUUUUAGUGCAUUCAGGAUGCACCGCUAUGAAUGUAUUCAAACUGAUGUAUUCAGAACUGGUAGUGUGUUAAACAACUUCUGUAGCUGAAAAGGCCUUACCUAGUAGAAAAUGGUUCCCUUGUUUCAGUGCAUAUUUCCAGAUUUGAUUUUUCUGUCUGUUCCGCUUUUGCAAUUUAAUGCUGAAUGUGCAGUAAAAGGUAAAUUGGUUUCUAAGGUUUGGAGGGAGGGCUUUCCACUGGUUUGGCUUUGCACACCAAGAUAGUCAUUAAAUAAAUAGCUGGGGGGAAUGUACACAAAAUGCCUUACACUUAAAAUCCUGAGCAGGUAGUGUAGUUCCAAUUAUAGUAAAUUGUGACAACUGGUGAAUAUAAUAGGAUAACUUUCUCUAAAAUUUAGUGCAUAUUCUCCUUAAAUAUCCUAGCUUUACAGUUUAAAGCAAAAAAAAUCCUAGCACAUAAGGGACAAGUGAACAAAGCUCAUAUUUUUAAGGUACAUAUUUGACUUUUAGGAACUUCAAGUUUACAACGUAAGAGUCUUCUCAAAGCUGUCUUUUCUAGCUGUUCUUGCUCUGUGCUUUGAAGGAAAAGAAUAUCUACUGUGGAAGAUCUAGAAUGGGUGAAAAAAAAAAUCAUAUGCAGGUAGGGCUUUCAACAGGCUAAGGAAAAUUGCACUGUAGCUUAUUCUACUGUUACUCAUAGAUAUAUAUAUAUUAUAUUUUUAUACAUUACAUUGGGUAACUUCAAAAUGUCAGGUUCCAUGUACCACAUAGUACACGUGAAAUGUAUAUCAGAAUAUUUAUACAGCACCUUUACAACUCAAUCUCUAGAACCGCAACUACUCUACUGAAGUUUACAUGAAAGUUUUACGAUUCUAUUUUCAUGUUUUAUAAUGGGCUAGGCUCAAGAGGGCAGUUUAGCACAACAUAUGAUGCAAUAUGAAUACGGUUGUAGAAUAAAUGCAAAAAUUUAAGAAUCCACUUAAAGUAUUUGUAGUUUAGUAUAUUUUUAAUAAUAAGCUAAGAUUCCUUCAAAUCAGGCAUAAUGAAACAGCGGGUAAAACUGGAGCACUUUCUUUGCCCUAAGAUAUUUCUAGAGUUGAAGGUGAAAAAUGUUUCUAUUAUGAGCAUCAGCUGGUACCAAAUUACUUAAAUAAAUUUAACAUAGCUUUAAAAGGUAGUUAAAUGUCUUUUCAGAAGGACAAUACACUUGAAACCUUUCAUGAAGUGGUGCAAAAACACAUUCAUAUGUCACUGCUAGUGAAUGUUCUCAGAUGCAGCUUGUGGAGUCCUGAAGAGAGAAAUGCUGCUACUUGAUAGCAACAGAUAGAAACAUAUGUUUAUUAAACAGCUAUGAGUUAAAUUUUUCUUGAUUACUGUAUGAAGUAAACCCUGAAACUUAACACUUACAUAAAGUGUAAUUUGGCACAAAAUAAUGUUUUCCAAGAGGCUGAAGAGACUCUAAUUGUUCUCAGACUGCCUUAAACAUAGAAGCAGAAUUGUUUCUGACCUGCAAGCAGAACUAACAUAUAUAUUGCAUCUUGGGUAGAUUUUGGAAUCUAUUAUUUUGAUCCAGUUUGGCAUUUAUAAAAUAGCUGUUACUUUUGCUUCCCAUGCUGUGAACUGGGGCUGAAGCCUCUUUCUCCUGUGUAACCACCCAUGAAGCUCUUCAGCUUCUGAUCACAUUUGCCUUACUGCUUACCUUGCAAAUGGGGGGGAGGUGGAAAAAAUCUUUUAAGGUAAAUUGGCAAACCAAAGGGAGUUGUCUUUUAUUUAUUUACUUGGAAUUUUUUUAAGCUUAUGUACAGUUUUUCUCUUCAAAAAAAAACACCAGAAAGAUGCAUUUCUUUUAAAAUGGCAUCCCUGAAUGUGAUAUGUGGCUUGCUUGUUUGUGGUUUUUUUGUUGGGUUUUUUUUUUACCAGAACAGUGUUAAAUUGUCUGGAUUUUAAAAGCUAUUUUGUUUUCCUUUGCUACUAUUUUUUGUUACUGCUUUCAGUAUUUUUUUUACUCCAUUUCUUAUUUUCCAGGGAGUGUCCUGAGCUUUUUGUAAGCAAUUGCUACUUAGGUGAAGAUUGUAACUUUGAACUUGUAAAUACUACAGGGCUGUUAGUGGCUGUUAGCUGCUAAAAUACAUAAACAAACCUUGCAUGCUGUAAGUUAAUACAUCUGUUGUGCUAAAAGUUGUUUCUAUUUGAGUAUUUGCUUUCUCAAUACAAAAUUGAGAUUUUUCACACGCAAUACAUAAGAUAUUUAAUAAUUCAGUGGUGUGAAGGGGCAUUGCUGUCUAGCUCCUGUGAGCUUUACUGGGAGUUCUGCACCUCGUUGCUUCCAUAUGACACUGAGAAUGAACCCUGAAGAUGGUGUCUGUUCUCUGGCAUGUGUACAGGCAUUGACCUAAGAUAUAAGUGAAGUAUCCUUGCUUUUGAGGUCUGAGAGAUUGUUCUUAAAAUCAUACUUAACCCAGGUUUUACAAGGCUUUUAAAGGGCUAAACUUGGAAUCUGUUUCUUAGUUGCUGGAUUUGCAACACUUACUCAGUGCUUUCCCCUUCUGCCAUAGUUGUCCUGAAUGAUGAGAUCCCAGAGUAAUGUCAGUAGAUAAAAUGAUGACAGGUGAAUUGAUUUCUUACGAUAUUGUGACUCAACUUACUGUAAUUGAUUCUUGGGUGUUUUUUUGGUCUACCGUAGACUGUUCCAGGUUAUACAAAUGACUUUGAGGAAACACUGACCUUUUUUUGUGGAGGAAUUCUCGUUGAGUGACUUCGUGCCAGAACUUUAUUCUAGUGGAAAGCUUAAGUGGCCUUUUUGUUUGAGCAAAAAUAUAUAAGCCUAUUUUAAUAUUUACUGUAAAUAUUAAAAUACUGUAUCUGUUAAAUUGAUAGAUUAGUUGGGUCACUAAUGUUGGUUUUCUUCCUAGAAUACUUCUUCAAACAAAGACAAACAAAGCUUAAUUUGGAAACAAAAUGUGAUGUUGUGUGUCAGAGAGGAUAUUGCUCUCUAGAUGUUGUCUAAAAAGCAAAUAUCACAUGUUGGAGUAGAAGCAAAUUUAACUAUGCAUCAGGAAAAUUUCUUUGCACUCCAUUCUGUACCAGAAAUAAUUUGCAUGUUGGUAAGAGUCCAUUUAACAAAAUGAUGCAAAGGAGUAUGUGAUUGCAGUGUAUAAUUAGCAACUCUUCCUGGAGGAUUGAAGACGAAUAGAGGGUACAUUGGAGAACUCUCCCUUAAAGGUAUUGACCAGUAAAUGCAAAUAGGUCCUAUCAAGUUGGAGAAUUUCAUUAGUCACUGAACUUUGACU